AAAGUUCAGCGUGAGAUUGAUGAUGUGGUGGGGCCCGAUGGACAGCCCUGCAUGCAGCACAAGUCCAGAAUGCCCUACACCGAAGCUUGCAUCAUGGAGAUACAACGACUUGCUAACACUGUACCGCUGGGUGUGAUGCAUGCGAACAAUAUGGGACCGGCUGAGCUUGGAGGCUACACGAUUCCGGCGGGAACAGCGAUAUUUCCGAAUCUGUACGCCGUACAUAGCGACCCGAAGCUGUGGCCGGAACCUGCAGAGUUUCGACCACAGAGAUUCCUCGGCCCAGACGGGAAGGUGGUUAAACCCGACGGCUUCGUACCUUUCUCAAUGG